UCGCUCCCCGUCCUCCCUGCUCCCCAGGCCAGUCGGCCGCACCCAUGGCGCCCAGCCGUAAUGAUAUGAUCCUGAAGCCCCACUUCCACAAGAACUGGCAGCGGCGCGUGGCCACGUGGUUCAACCAGCCGGCGAGCAAGAUCCGCAGGAAGACCUCAGCCCCCAAGAAAGGAGACAGCUCUGCUGCAAAGCUCAAAUUGGCCACCCAGCUGACCGGACCAGUCAUGCCCAUACGGAACAUCUACAAGAAGGAGAAGGCCAGAGUCAUCACAGAGGAGGAGAAGAACUUCAAAGUCUUCGCCAGUCUCUGCAUGGCCCGCACCGAUGCCCGGCACUUUGGCAUCUGGGCAAAAAGGGCCAAGGAAGCUGCAGAACAGGAUGUUGAAAAGAAAAAAUAAAGUGCUGUUGGCAACUUGUUAUUAAAAAAAAAAAAAAAAGAAAGCUAACAUGACAAAAUAUUAACAA